AUGGAGCUAAGAUCUGAUACAACAACAAGGCAUGAAGAGGAGAUUGAUGAAAGUUGGUCCAAAUGGGGUAGAACAACUCUUGAGAGUUGUGGGUUGUGGUGUGGCCAUGUAAAGGAAGGACCUUUAAUGGAAAUGGUCAUGGAAGAAGGUCAGACAAGAAGUCUGGAAGAUGGAGAUGAGGCUGCUCAAGAAAACACUAUAAAGAGUGGAAUUGAAGCAGCUCAUGAAGAAAAAUCCAAACUUGUGAAGGUGUGUGAGGUCAAAGAGUUGAUCCGCAACUAUAAACAAGGGAAGGAUGAGAUUUUUCAGCUUGUGGGAAGGCUGAGAGAAGUGUGGCUGGAGCUUAUGGCAAGGUCAGAAACUAUUCAAGAAAGGAAAGAACAAGAUUGUGUCUUUAACUUUCUGGUGGCUAAGAUAUGUGAGUUUGUUCAAUACACUUGUGAUGUGUAUGAGAAAAGGAAGGUAUCAACUCAAGUGAGGGGUGGUACUAGCUUUAGAAGAAGAAGAUUAAGAAAGCUCUCCAAGGGAUGGUUCAUGAUGAGAAAGACUUGGAGAAGAGGCAAGGAAUCAGGUCAUCUAAGUGAUAAGAUGAGCUUGAAAAUGAUCAAGGAAGCUGCGCAAAAGGUGGUGAAGGGAGAGUGUUCUUACUCUGCCUACAUUGGGAGCUCAUGUGAGGAAAGUAUGGUGGUAAGGAAGCAAGAGACCAAAAGAGCAGAUGAUCGUAUCACAAAGAAGGAAUGGGAUGAGUUUGUUAAGUAUGUGUAUGCUUUGGCUACGACCCGGAGUCAAGGAGCUCCUGCCUUAGCAUCCACAACCAAACCCGUCAUCAUUGAUUCUGGAGCAAGUCAUCAUAUGAUCAGUGAUAGGAGUCUGAUUAGUGAGGUCAAGGCUGCAACAGGGAUAAAGAAAGCUACCGUUGAUCUGGAUUGUCAAGUGGUAUUCAGACCAAAUGAAGUUGAGUUCCAAGAUUUGAAGACUGGAAGAAUCAUUGGCAGGGGAGACAGCAAGAAUCAGCUCUACCAUCUCCAAAUGACUAAGAAUCCUAAACCCUUUGAUUUUGUUUGCUUGAGUAGAGCUAUUGAUGGAGUUGAUAGUAGUAUUUGGCAUGCUAGAUUGGGACAUCCUCAUGCUCGUGCAAUUGAACUGAUUUUACCUAAAUUGUCAUUCAAUCACUUAGAGUGUGAGGCUUGCAUCUUAGGAAAGCAUUGUAGAACUGUCUUUUCUAGAUCUGAGACAAUAUAUGAGCAUUGCUUUGACCUGGUUCAUUCAGAUGUAUGGACAGCUCCCUGCAUGUCUAGAGAUAGUCAUAAGUAUUUUGUGACGUUUAUUGAUGAGAAAUCUAAAUAUACUUGGGUCACAAUGCUUCCUUCUAAAGAUAGAGUUCUAGAUGCCUUUAUAAACUUCCAAGCAUAUGUUGCUAAUCAAUACAAUGCUACUGUGAAGGUUCUAAGAUCUGAUAAUGGAGGAGAGUACACAACUGAGAGGAAGAAUAGGCACUUGAUGGAGGUAGCAAGAUCUAUGAUGUUCCAUGCUAAAGUCCCAAAACGCUUCUGGAGUGAUGCUGUUCAGACUGCCUGCUAUCUCAUCAAUCGAGUACCAACUCAGAUCUUGAAGGAUCUUUCUCCAUUUGAAGUGCUGAACAAGAACAAGCCAAGUAUUGAUCAUCUAAGAGGUUACAAGUGUUAUGAUCCAGACACAAGGAGGGUGCUGGUAUCAAGAGAAGUGAAGUUUGUGGAGUCUACAGGGUAUUAUGAGAAAGAAAAGUGGGAAGACUUGGAGGAUCAGUCUCAAGCAUCACCAGGAAGGGCAAACACUCUGAAGAUUUUGAUGGAAAAACUUGGGAUAAACAUGUCUCAAGAUCAGGUGCCAAGAAGAACACCUACUGAUCAAGCUGAAGAAGCUAGCAGAGAAAUCCCUCUUGACCAUGAGAGGGGGAAUGGAACUGAACCUGGAGUGCAAGAACAAUAUGGAGCUGAAGAACCAACUCAUCUUGAUCAUGAGGGGGGUAAUGAACAUGAACCUGAAGCUGGAGGUCAAGGAGAUCAAGGAUCAGGUAAACAUGAUCAAGAUGGAGUAGGAGAAGAGAGUCAUGAACCUGAAGGAGAAGUUCAGACUCAAGGAGAAGAAGAACAAGAGGAGGUGCAACUGGAACCAGCUCAAGAGGUUCAAGCGCCAGUCUUAAGAAGGAGCACAAGGCAAAGGAAGUCUGAACUAGAUCACACCCUCUUCACUCUAACAGGACCAUCAGGAAUCAUUGUUAUCUUGGUGUAUGUAGACGAUAUGAUUAUCACAGGGAGUGAUAAGGCUGGGAUCCAAGCCACAAAAGACUUUCUCAAGUCUGUGUUUGACAUCAAAGACUUGGGAGAGAUGAAGUAUUUCUUGGGGAUUGAGAUAUGCAGAUCCAAGGAGGGCUUGUUUAUGUCUCAAAGGAAGUAUACUAUGGAUAUGCUGAAGGAGACUGAUGUGCUUGGAGGAAAGAUUGCCAAGACACCUCUUGAGGAGGGAUAUAAGGUCCUGCGUGAGGGGGAGAUUGAAGAGAACAAGUUGUUUGAGGAUCCUAAGCUGUAUAGAAGGAUGACGCCAAAGAACCAUCACUGGAAGAUGGUUGAUAGAAUACUGAGGUAUUUGAGUGGCACAUCUGGACAAGGAGUUUGGAUGGGUUGCAAUGGCAAUACAGAAGUGGUUGGGUAUUGUGAUGCAGAUUGGGCAGGAGAUAGAGUAGACAGAAGGUCUACCACAGGGUAUUGCACUUUCAUUGGAGGGAACCUGGGCCAUGUUGAAGCUGACAAACGAGUUGGUAUGGAUCAAGGGUAUCUUGAAGCAUAUGGAGAUUGA